ACUUUGGACUUUUAAAGAACAAACAAUUGAGCUCGUUUAAUUAGUCUAUUAAACCAGUUCUUCGGUCAAAGAUAUUACUAUCUAACAAAAUGAUUUUUUUUUUCUCCUAAAAAUAAUGAAUCUCGGCCUCAGAGAUUCAAAAGAAAAAAAUACAAUUUCUAUAUCACUUUCAUUCUCAGUUUACAGGAUUGCUAAGAAAUCUGAAUUGAUCCACACAGCAAGAUCAAUAUGGUAUCCUCCCAAAGGUGAUUUUGAUAAAUCUUCAUAUACUGGAGUAAAGAAAACCAAUGAAACUCAUUCGCCUAGGCACAUAGUAUCAGCCCUCGAAAAUUCUGGUGUUUUAGUAGACUUCAGAAGAUCUAAAGUAUUGUCUUCUAGAAGAAAUAAUUUAAGGAGAUACACGAUGACGAUGGUUAAUGUAAUAACGGAUAGCAACGAAACCCGAAAGCAUUUAGAUGACAGACUGUAAGUAAAAAUUGUUUUUGAUUUAUGUGAACACGGAACCUGUAAAAGUUCCGAAACAAACGCAAUCAAACCGUUUAAGUUAUUUCAUUUAAAAAAAGAUUUUUUUAUGAUUGAUUACCUUAAGAAAUAUUUUUCUAUUCAUUUGAACUGAAUAUACAGCAUAAUUACAGCGGCCAGCGAUCAAGUUUCGUAAGGGUCAGUCGCGGGGUGGGAGACCAAAAAUUAUUAUCUCGAGCUACUCCGUGCUUCAGAAGAUACGUUAAGCCGUUGGUCCCGGCUGUUUAUGCAAACGUUAAUACUCUCCAUUCCGCAUUGGAACAGCUUGGAGGGUCAUGCGCCCAUCCUACUUAACCAUCCAUAAGGGGAGCUUGAGCCUCUUCAGUGGGAACGUAAAAGUUCUGAUGAAGAUACAGCAAAUUAAGUUUUUCUGCUGCCAAGCCGCACGUAAUCGUUUUUCGCGUACUUACGGUUUCCUAAUCAGAAAUUCGGAUUCCUGGGUCAGUUUCAUUUUAAUUCGGAAUAUCCUGAAUUGUAUGAACGGCGUACGUUUGGAUUUUGAUAUCAGAUUAGAUGGUCAGCAUUGCUAUUCACUAACAAACUCAGCGUCAAAUU